AUGGCACGGUUCAACAACCCCUUUGCGCGUCGUCAAAAUGACACGGCGACUCUGCCAACCCACCGCCGGAGGAGUAGCGAAGAUACGAGGAUCAACGACCGGUGGCAUGGGCGUGAAUACACCAUGGCCCAUCGGCCGCCCUUCAUGCUGUGGCUGAAGGUGACUUGGCUCGAUAUCCUCACUAUGAUCAUCAUGGGAGUGAUCGCCCUCGUGGUCUUCAGAGCGCAUCCACCGGCCCACCGAACGUUCCCCAUCACCUUUGACAACGGCGAAGUCGUUUACCCUCAGUUCGCAUACCCGCACAUCACGCAAAUCAUCCCCAGCCAUGCUGCGACGGCCCUCGGCAUUGGCGUGCCCAUCCUGUCCAUCCUCGUCUGCCAGAUCCGCGUGCGCUCCUUCUGGGACAUAAACAACGGCAUCAUGGGCCUGCUCUACUCGGUCCUCGGCUCCACCGUCUUCCAAGUCAUGAUCAAAUGGCUCAUUGGCGGGCUGAGGCCCAACUUCCUCGAGGUCUGCCAGCCCGACAUCACCAAGGCCUCCCAGCCAGGCGGCAACGCGACCGGCCUCGACGGCACGGGCUACGGCGGCAUAAUGUGGACGUCGGACAUUUGCACCAGGGAGAUGGACGGUACGCUCUCCAACGCCCUGGAAUCCUUCCCCUCGGGUCACACCACGGCCAUGUUCUCUGGCAUGGUCUUCCUGUACCUGUACCUGAACGCCAAGCUUAAAGUCUUCUCCAACUACCACCCAUCCAUGUGGAAGCUCAUCCUGACCUACGCUCCCAUCUUGGGCGCCACCCUGGUCGGCGGCUCCCUGACCGUCGACCAAUCUCACAACUGGUACGAUGUUCUGGCCGGCGCCACGAUCGGGACCGUCUUCGCCUUUUCGUCCUACAGGAUGGUCUACGCUGCGGUCUGGGACUGGCGUUUCAACCACAUUCCCCUGCACCGCAAGCUUGCUCUUGAUUACGCCCUCGACGCCUCUGACGGUGCGGUCGCCACGCGAAAGGCCGGAUGGGGCAAGAGACGCGGGGCGAAGAACACGGCCGCCGACAAACUGACUGGUCGGACUCGGUACAGCACCGGCAGUCGAGACGGUCGUGGUGCUGGGAUUCCCCGUAAACCGGUGACUUCGCACCACGCUAGAGGCGACCGACGUCCCUCCGCCGACGACAUGGUGUGA